AGAGAAAGAGAGAGGCGGCCAUGGGAGCGUUUUGGGGAACAAGGGUGAUGGAAAUAGUGAAGAAGCACGACUCAGGUGGUCUCAUUUGGAAGAGAAUCAAGCUUACCUCUACUCGUAAAGCCAAUGCCAAAACCCGCCUCCGUCGCGUUUGGCAGAAUGAGGCUGUUCUAAAGGCGUGCGGUACAUCAGAUGCAUCAGUUUCUCCGGGAGCUAGCAACUCAGAAAGCUGCACCAGUGCUGUGAAAAAUGAGUGAGUAGGACGACGAGAAGCUUGAAACAUGGUCGUAAUCAAAUCUCUGUCUCACAGAAAUAAUAUUUGAACUUUGUGUUCAUAGGUUAAAUUGGUUUUAUACAUGUUUAAUCUGCAACAAGAAGAGACUUUGUGUUGUUGUUAUUGGUCAGCUACUCAAGUACUUUUUGAUCUUUGCUACACCAACUUGAUCAAUCCUUGC